AUGUCUGUCCCAGAUGACAAACCACCCUCCGUGGACCGCAUCGAGGACAUUGCUCAGCACACACCCAGCAGUAGUCAGGAAGAUGAAGAGUUCACACUCGAAGAACAAAAGGCAAUUAUCCGCCGGGUGGAUCGUCGGUUGGUCACCAUGACGGGUCUGGCAUACUGCAUCUCGCUGAUGGACCGUACCAACCUGAGCAUGGCCGCCAUCGCUGGUAUGAUUGAGGAUUUGAAGCUCGAUGUGGACAAUCGCUAUUCCAUCGUCGUCCUCAUGUUCUUCGUGCCGUACGUUAUCUUCCAGCCGCCGAUGACAAUUCUCAUCCGCAAAAUUGGGCCGAGGAUCUUUUUGUCAACCAUCAUUAUAUCUUGGGCUGUCAUUAUGAUUGGAACGGGGUUUGUGAAGAACUUUGGUCAACUGGUUGGCCUGCGCGUGCUUCUCGGUGUCUUAGAGGCAGGAUAUUUCCCCGGUUGCGUUUACCUGUUAUCUUGCUGGUAUACUCGAUAUGAUGUGCAGAAGCGGUUCUCUGUUUUCUAUCUGAUUGGGUGUGUCGCGGGGUCACUGUCCGGUAUUCUUGCGUUCGGCCUGAUGCAACUGAGCGGUGCUCAUGGGCUGAAUGGAUGGUCUUGGAUCCUGAUCCUAGAGGGCGUGAUCACGGGUGUCAUUGGGAUGGUAUGCUUCGUCUUCCUGGUCGACUUUCCGGACCGAGCAGCCAAGUCCUGGCGGUUCCUGAAUGAGAAGGAGAGCGCAUUCAUUAUCCGCCGCAUCAACCAGGACCGUCGAGACGGUGACUUGGAGGCGUUCUCACUCGGCAAGUUUUUGAAACCGUCCUUAGACCCCAAGAUCUGGGGGUUUGCUAUGAUCUUCUUUUGUCUCACAACGGUCACCUACGCAAUCGCCUACUUCCUGCCUAUCAUCCUCCGUGACGGCAUGGGGUUUGGCGUGGGGGAGUCUGAAUGUCUCGUGGCGCCGCCGUAUGGUCUGGCGGGCAUCCUCAUGUAUGCCACUGCCUGGGUCGGCGACAAAUACCGCAUCCGGGGCGCCAUCCUCAUAGUCAACGCCCUCAUCUGUAUCAUCGGACUACCGCUGAUGGGGUUCGCCAAGGGCAAUGCCACGCGCUACGCGGGCGUGUUCCUCACCGUCGCGGGCGCGAAUGCCAACAUUCCCGCCUGCAUGGCGUACCAGGCCAACAAUGUGCGCGGACAAUGGACCCGAGCCUUUUCCAGCGCCACGCUGGUUGGCUUCGGCGGGAUUGGGGGCAUUGUGAGUAGUCUGGUAUUUCGCGAUCAGGACGCUCCGGAGUAUCGGCCGGGCAUGUGGGCAGCCAUAGCGUAG